CAUGACCCGAGCCGAAGGCAGUCGCUUAACCAACUGGCACCCAAGAGGCUGAUUUUCAAGCAGCUCUGUCCAAUAGAACAUUCUAUGAUGAUGGAAAUGCCCUCUCUUUGCUGAGCAAUACUGAAGCCACCAGCCACACGUGGCUACUGAGCACUUGAAACAUGCCUAGCAUGACUAAUGAACUGAGUUUUCAGUGUUAAGUAAGCUACUUUAAACUUAAAUCGGCAGAUGUGGCUGGUGGUGACCCUACUGGACAGUGUAGCUCUGGAGAAUCAAUAGAACUGGUAAAAUCAUCUUACGUUCAGGGGAUAGAAGGCAUCAAGUUGUUCUUUAUUAUUGGCACUUGAAUGGCUUAGGUUACAGAUUUUUACAUAUAAAACCAUUUUAAAUUAAGUAUUUCUUCACUGCUUGGCACAUAAGGAGUCAAUGAGUGAUGGGAUGGUUUUAAUAGGUUUCUCCCUACUCUACCCCUAGUCACAGCGACUCAGGCAUCCUGUGCAUCCUGGGUGAGGUCCCUCACAAGUUUCCUGUAAGAUUGCCAGACCCGUAGACUCACCUUUCAAGCUUCCCUGGUCUCUGUGGGAGUUCUGAGUGAGGUGCUGUCUAUGUAUGCUGCUGUCGUUUUUCUUACUGCCAGGGCUUCUAGGCUCAGCAGCCCCUUAGUCAUGCCUCUGGCUUGCAGACGCCCAGCCCAGGCUACUCCGGGACACCUCCCACAAACUCCCCUAGGGUCCUUAGAGGUCUAUGGCUAUAAACACCACUCCGGAGCAUGCUGACCUGACCUCAUUUAGGGCCCAGUGUUCAGUUAUGGCUCCUAACACCAGCAUCACCAAUCUGGAGCGUGAGCAAUUCCAGGGGUCAGAAUCACGCCAUUGGACACAGUUGAAGGGACUGAGGAUGCGUCACUUAGAGAAUGUCACUAGAUGGAUACUGUUUAUUAAACUUGCUUUUGUGUUGUGCCAGGCAUGGGGCUAAGUGUUUUAAAUUCUCACUGAAUCUUUGUAGCAACCACAUGUCCUAUUUUUACACAUUUUAGAUGUGUGCAUAGGCUCAGAGAGGGUAAGUGACUUCCCCAAAGUCACACGGCUAGGAGGCUGCAGAUACACCAUUCCUGUUUACACUCUCUGGCUCUCAGGCUCACAGUUUUAACCACAAGGAAAUUCAUUAUUCAAGAGGGACAGUUCUUCCAAAUCAAUGCAGAGGGCAAAUCUAAAAGGAACUGGAUUUGGUGGGACUAUAAAGAAGGAUUUUCUUCUAAUUCAAGCUCUUCACCACAAACACCUGGCUCUGUGAAGCACGCUGUGCCCCGGAGGAGCUCAUAGCUGAGGCCUCAUGCUGGUGCAUCAGGACGGUGGUAAAAGGCCUUCUUGAGUAAGUGGGAGCUCACGAGUGAUAGAUGAACUCUCAGGGCCUUUCUGAUUCAAAUUUCUUCUGAAUAUGAUUUCCUUUCUUGAGGACAUUUACUGCCAAUUUAUUCCCAUAUGACUACUCUUUUAUUUUCCAUGCAAUUCAUAAAGACCCUUCUUUUUCUGCGUGAAACCAGGAUGUAAUUUAUUCAUCACUCAAAUUUGCAUAAACAGGGUAUUCUCUCUCUUCAGCAAGCCUGUAUAAGAAUCCACAUCACGUUUCACUGGGGAAUAAAGAAUGGCCCGGAUCAUGGAAACUAAAAGAAAGCUGUAUACCUGCACGAGUGGUGGCUGCCAUUGAUGUGAACACUGUCGCUAAUGAAGUAUACAAGUAUAAUUUUCCUCACACACAGUUACUGGCCAAGACAAUUGAAAAUUGGCCUGCAAGGUGAUGUGACUGAUCCAAGGACGAAUAGCCUCUUAUAUGUUCUAGGUAUUCUCCCAAGAUUACAAAAAUUACCGAAAUAUAUUCUUUUAGAAAAUGUUAAAGGCUUUGAAGUAUCUUCUACAAGAGACCUGUUAAUACAAACAUUAGAAAAUUGCGGUUUUCAGUACCAAGAAUUUCUAUUAUCUCCAACCUCUCUUGGCAUUCCAAAUUCAAGGCUCCGGUAUUUCCUUAUUGCAAAGCUUCAGUCAGAACCAUUACCUUUUCAAGUCCCUGGUCAGGUACUGAUGGAGUUUCCCAAAAUUGAAUCUGAACAUCCAGAAAGAAAUACAAUAGUUACAGAAAAUAAAAUUGAAAGAAAGAAAAUUGAACCUAGUAUUUGCUUUGAUAAGAGCAGACAACGUUCUGGAAAAGAGGCCAUUCUAUUUAAGCUUGAAACUGUAGAAGAAAUUGACCGGAAACAUCACCAGGACAGUGAUCUCUCUGUGCAGAUGUUAAAAGAUUUUCUUGAAGAUGAUAUUGACGUGAAUCAGUAUUUCUUACCGCCAAAGUCAUUGCUGCGAUACGCUCUUUUGUUAGACAUUGUUAAGCCCACUUGCAGAAGGUCCACAUGCUUUACCAAAGGUUAUGGAAGCUAUAUAGAAGGGACGGGAUCUGUGUUACAGACGACAGAGGAUGUGCAGAUUGAGGAUAUCUACAAAUCCCUUACCAAUUUGUCACAAGAAGAAAAGAUAACAAAAUUGUUAAUGCUUAAACUUCGAUAUUUCACUCCUAAAGAAAUAGCAAAUCUCCUUGGAUUUCCUUCAGAUUUCGGAUUUCCUGAGAAGAUAACAGUGAAACAGCGUUAUCGUCUACUUGGAAAUAGUCUCAAUGUGCAUAUAGUAGCUAAACUAAUCAAAAUCCUAUAUGAAUAAUUUAAAAUGACUCUGAAAGAUGGGCACAUUAUUUCUUCAUAUCCAGAUGGUAAUUCUGAAAUUCUGUUUUGCAUUGAUUUUGAUGAAAUUCAACCCAGCUACCUUUAUCUCUUUAAAAAGAAAUUUGGAUUUAUCAUAAAAAUGACAGUUUUUUUCCUAAAUUUAUAUUACUAUAUUUUAUAAAGGAGAAAUUAUUAUUAUGCUUUAGGAGAAUAUAUUUUCAUAUGAAGUUGCUAAAUAUACACAUAAAAUAUUCUCUUUUUAAUAUUAUGGUAUCGACAAAUUUAGGAACAUUGGAGUUUGUCUACAUGAGUAUCUUAUGAAGUGUCAUGACAGGCAUAGUAUAGUGAACCUGAGAUAUUAUGUUUUUGUAUGUUAAUUAAACAAAUUGCUUUAUGAA